GAAUACUGGUGAAGUCUCAGUGCUGAUGAGGCAAACAGUACUCCCAACCUAACUGUACAUUUCAGGUUUCACUCUAUUUUUUCAACCUAUACAUACAUACAUACAUAUAGAGAGAGAAAGAGUAGAGAGAAGAAGAAGAGGGUUGUUUUGGUUUUGCUCAAAAGAGGGGAAAACAUGGAGGAAGGACAGUGCGAAGAGGAAGUGCUUGGUUCAAGCUUGACAAUGGAGAAAGUUGCUGCUGCUAAGCAAUUUAUUGAGAAUCACUACAAGACCCAGAUGAAGAGUAUUCAGGAACGCAAAGAAAGGCGUUGGAUUCUAGAAAGAAAGUUAGCAUCUUCUGAUGUGCCUAAAGAAGAGCAAAUGCAUCUGAUCAAAGAUCUAGAGCAAAAGGAGACGGAGUUUAUGAGACUGAAGAGGCACAAAAUAUGUGUGGAUGAUUUUGAACUUCUAACAAUUAUUGGCAGAGGAGCCUACGGUGAGGUAAGAUUAUGCAGGGAGAAGAAAUCGGGUAACAUUUAUGCCAUGAAGAAGUUAAAGAAAUCUGAAAUGCUCAUCAGAGGACAGGUGGAGCAUGUGAGAGCUGAAAGAAAUUUAUUGGCAGAAGUGGCCAGCCAUUGUAUUGUAAAAUUAUACUACUCAUUCCAAGAUGCUGAAUAUCUCUACCUUGUCAUGGAGUAUCUUCCUGGCGGUGACAUGAUGACUCUGCUGAUGAGAGAAGAUACAUUGUCUGAAAGUGUAGCUAAAUUUUAUAUUGGUCAGAGUGUCCUAGCUAUAGAGUCUAUUCACAAGCAUCAUUACAUUCACAGAGAUAUCAAACCUGACAACCUUCUUUUGGACAAAAAUGGUCACAUGAAGCUCUCUGAUUUUGGUCUCUGUAAGCCUCUUGAUUGUAGAACGUUAUCCACAUUAAAAGAAAAUGAAGCUAUGGAUGAUGAGAAUAUAAAGGAUCCUAUGGAUAUAGAUAGCAGCUUCCCAGAUACCAAUGAUGGAAAUAAGUGGAAAACCCCCCGCGAAAAGCUUCAUCAUUGGCAGAUAAACAGAAGGAAAUUGGCCUUUUCAACUGUCGGUACACCAGACUAUAUUGCUCCUGAGGUACUAUUGAAGAAAGGAUAUGGAAUGGAAUGUGAUUGGUGGUCCCUUGGUGCAAUUAUGUACGAAAUGCUCAUUGGUUACCCUCCAUUCUAUGCCGAUGAUCCGAUAACUACUUGCAGAAAGAUAGUUCACUGGAGAAAUCACCUAAGAUUUCCUGAAGAUACUAAACUCUCACAUGAGGCAAAGGAUCUUAUUUGCAGGUUACUAUGUGAUGUUGAGCAUAGACUGGGAACUGGAGGUGCAAACCAAAUAAAGGCUCAUCCUUGGUUCAAGGAUAUUGAAUGGGAUAGGCUGUAUGAAAUGGAAGCAGCCUUCAAACCAGAAGUUAAUGGAGAGCUGGACACCCAGAAUUUCAUGAAGUAUGAUGAGAUGGAUACUCCAACAUCAGCAAGAUCUGGUUCAGGACCUUCUCGGAAGAUGUCAUUAACUCCCAAAGAUUUAAGUUUUGUGGGCUAUACAUACAAAAACUUUGAUGCUGUCAAGGCACUGCGCAACUCUUCCGAUCCUACAAGGGACACAUCACCUAGGCGGCCGUCAAUUGAUUCCAUAUUCAAUAAUUCUAAGGACUAUCCUUCAACAAAGGGAACAAGUGGAGAAAUAGACACAGAUAUGAUAACGUCAACCGGUUGUGCAAUAUCUCCAUGAUAUCGCCAGAGCUUUAUAUUGAAAAAGAAACUAGCAAAGGUGGUGGUAGCAUACACCUGUUGUAUUUGAUCAGGUUGUUCACCCCUUCAUCAGCAUUCCAAGUGUGUUUGGCACCAUGAUAUAAGUGUACAGUUAAUGCUUGAGAAACUUGGUUGAUUCGUAGGACAUGGAAACUGUUGUAGGAAAUGUAAUGUUUGUGCAAUAGAAACUUAGACUGCUUAAUAUCGUCCAUUGCCCAGGUUGGCAAUCAAAUGCUAACUCUUGUGGCAAUUGCUGGUCAGAUGAAAUUUAUUACUUCUGGGACCAAUUAUGCUGUGGUUCCUUUUUUAAAUAUAUGGGCAAAACUUUGUUCAUAAAUAUUGCAACCCCCAUUGUAUCUUAUCUUUUGGUUAUGAUAGAGGCUUUUCAGUAAA